AUGAAACAGACAAUAAAUAUCGAGGGUAGAAAAACAUCACACAAAUCGACGGUGAAUAAACAUUUUGUUCAUCGAGCAUUAGAUUUGUGUGGGCGAAAAGGAUUUGAUAUUAUCUCUAGCAUUAACAUAAAAAUAACUACUCAACAGGAUGGUCUUUCUAUUGACCCUAAUUUCGACUACAACAUUAAUUCUCUUGUUUUUCUUCAUAUUCCAUACGAUUAUGAUCACUUAAAAGAUGUUGGCUUGAAGUCUUCAGCGUAUUCAUAA